CUCCACUCUAGCUGCUCUCAAUCUUGUGGUGCUUUAGCUAUUUUUUAAAAACAAAAACACCACCAAUGUCACUCUCCAGCCGAAGCUACCUUACUGGUACAAGCUCCACUUUCCAGCCUACUGGACCCAGUCUAAGUGGUUCAACCUACCGGAAAACAGCUAUCCGAAAGUAUCAGGCACCGAGUGUCUAUGGGGGAGCUGGUGGCUAUGGCACCCGCAUUUCCACCAGCACUAACUAUGGAGGAGGCUUUGGUAGUGGCUUUGGCAGUGGAUUUCAACUCAACACCAGCAGUAGUGACAUCCUGCUUGCUGGAAAUGAGAAACUGACCAUGCAAAAUCUGAAUGACCGUUUGGCUUCCUAUCUGGAGAAAGUGCAUUUUCUAGAAAAAGCCAACUCCCAGCUUGAAAAGCAGAUCAGGGAGUACUAUGGGAAUAGAUCCUCAACUACAACGCAUGACCACAGUCAAUAUUUUAAAACCAUUGAAGACCUCCAAAACAAGAUUGGUGCUGCACAUCUGGAAAAUGCCCGGCUCAUCCUGCAGAUCGACAAUGCCAAGCUGGCUUCUGAUGACUUUAGAAUGAAGUAUGAGAAUGAGCUAGCAAUCAAACAGAAUGUGGAAAAUGAUCUUGCUGGACUACUCAGAGUCCUUGAUGACUUGACCUUGUCAAAGGCAGACUUAGAGCUACAGAUUGAAGGUCUGAAUGAAGAGCUGACUUUCCUUAAGAAAAACCAUGAAGAGGAAGUUGGUGAACUGCGUAAACAGCUGGGGGGCACAGUUAAUGUAGAGGUGGAUGCUGCUCCGAGCACUGAUCUUGCCAAGAUUAUGGAAAACAUGAGACAGCAAUAUGAUAGCAUGGCAGAAAAGAAUCGUCAAGAGGCCAAAGACCACUUUGAUAAACAGACAGAAGAAGUGAACCAGGAAGUCGCUAUUAACAUUGAACAACUGCAAACCAAAAAAACUGAGAUCACAGAUCUGAGACGCACUUUCCAGGGCCUGGAGAUAGAGCUGCAGUCCCAGCUUAUUACAAAAAAGGCGUUAGAAGACACACUGGCUGAGACUGAAGCACUUUAUGGUUCACGACUUGCCCAAAUACAGGCUGCAAUUGGCAAUGUAGAGGCACAGCUGAUGCAGCUUCGAGCUGACAUGGAGAGCCAGAGUUCUGAGUACAGUUCUCUGCUGAACAUAAAGAUACGGUUGGAAAUGGAGAUUGCCACUUACCGACGCCUACUGGAGGGAGAGGAUAGUAGACCUUUACAGUCAGAGAUAUCUACUAUUGAAGAGUCUGAGAGAGAAAUAAAUAAAAUUAGGAAGAUCAAGACAGUUGUUGAGGAGCUGAUUGAUGGCAAAGUUGUCUCCUCCCAGACCAAAGAGAUUGAAGAGACAAUAUAAGCAGCAUCAGCAGGGAGAUGUCUCUCAACUUUUUAGAGUUAAUAGCAAAAAUUACUUGAUUAAACUUCAAUGGGAGUUGGAUUGGACUGUUUUGUCGCCAAAAGUUAUGCUGCUUUAAUUAAAGUGCUUUGAUUAAACUGCUGUUGCAUUUCCACAGUAUGCUCCUUGUGUCUGCAGAGUGCAUCCACAUUAGCAGCUCUUGCAUCGACACAAAGAGCAGUGCACUGUGGGUAGCUAUCCACUGUGCAACUGGCCAUAGGGUGCUUUGGGAAGGGUUUGCAAUGCCUCAUGGGGCAGAUACAGUGUCAUAUGUUGCAGGUUUCUCAAUCCCAUCGUUCCGUGGGCCCGUGGACAUCCUACUAGACUGCCAGCUGCUUUUCAACUAAAGUGUGUGAGGGGAGGGGGGAGUAUGUGUGACAGGGAGCGUGUGUGUGUGUGGGGAGACAGAGACAAUGUGUGUUGCGGGAGUGUGUGCGUUGGGGGAGAGUGAACAAAACUCCCCCAACUUCUAAAUUCAGACAGCCACCAGAAGGAACCAGUCCUGAGGCAGGGGGAGAGGGACAUCCCUGACAUCCGCCCCCACCCUGGCGCUGCAUAGCACAGCAGUCUCUCUCUCACACAGACACACACACACACAUGCCUCUGCCUGCCUGCCUCUGUAUUUGUGGUGCUGUCAGAACUUCCCGGAGCUUUGAAAGGGGAGAGGGUGCAUGCCUGCAGGGCAGCUGAGUUCAAAACGGUGAGUAGAGUGGUCACAGCAGGCAUUGUGGGAUACUGGGAGAGGCCAGUAAGGCAAUAUAACAAAUGGCAGCAGCUGCACUGACGCUUUGUCGCUUUAAGUUUGCCACAAAAAGCUUUAUGCCUCUCGUUGAAGUGGUUUCCUUUUGUUGUCGAAACUGAAGAGUU